GGAUCCAAACAUGGGCGACCCGCACAACGACAACGACAGCGACAACGACGCACGACACACACACACCUAAUCGCCGCCUCGAUUGCCGCCCAACAAUGGCGCUAGAAUCAGCCGAGACUCCGCGGCGCGCGACCCGCGAGGAGAUGCGCGAUGCGAAGGUGCCCUUGGCCUACCGCGACAGCUGCGCCCACCUGCUGAUCCCCCUCAAUCGGUGCCGCUUCGAGACGUACUAUCUGCCCUGGAAGUGCGAGGACGAGCGGCACAGCUACGAAAAGUGCCAGUACGUCGAGUUCAAGAAGCGCGUCGCCAAGAUGAACGAGCUGAGGGAAGCGAAGGGCGGCGCCCGGAGCAACUGAGGAGACAGAUAUCUGGUUGGACCGUGAGUGGCGGCAGGCCGGGCGAGAGGAGGAGGACACACAAGACAUGCGGAAUACGCCCAGGAGGGUGCCUGUGUAUAUUCACAUGCGGCUACGUGCCAUCCUGCCGACCGGCAUAGACAGUAAUUGGCGCCGAGCCGGUUGUUGGUGCUGGACA